GUAGAAAGUGAGAAUGUAAGGUGAUAGGGCGAGAAAUGCAAAUGCAAAACUUUUCCAUUGUGACCGCACGGACCCUAUCUAGCUCUUAACAGCGGCAAUUCAGUUCAGAACUCAGACAAACAUGGCUUCCUCACUGUCUUCCGUUGUCAACCAACCUCACUUAGCUCAGCGCCUCAAGCUUCACCGUCCAUCUUCUCUUACCACUCUCACAAUUUUCUUCCACAAACACAAACACCAACACCAACACAAUGCUUCAUUUCCACACCCAUAUACGUCAUCGCCUCGCUCACGCCCUCUCAAUCUCAUCAUGGCAUCCAGAACCCACUCUCCUUCCUACACUCUCCGCCGUCACUUCAUCCCUCAAGCUACACUCACUGCUUCCGAAGCUCAACCCCGCCUUGUACCAGAUACUGAAGUUCCUCCCACUGGUCGAAUAUAUCAUGAGACUUAUGGAUGUCAAAUGAAUGUUAAUGAUAUGGAGAUUGUUCUGUCUAUAAUGAAAAAUGCUGGUUAUGGUGAAAUUGUGAGUGUUCCCGAGAGUGCAGAAAUAAUAUUCAUCAAUACCUGUGCCAUUAGAGACAAUGCAGAGCAGAAGGUAUGGCAGAGGCUUAAUUACUUUUGGUUUCUUAAGAGGCAUUGGAAGAGCAACGUUGCUACUGGAAGGUCGCAAUCCAUGCGCCCUCCAAAAGUGGUGGUUUUGGGAUGUAUGGCUGAGAGGUUAAAGGAGAAGAUACUUGAUUCAGACAAAAUGGUUGAUGUGGUUUGUGGGCCUGAUGCUUACAGGGAUUUGCCGCGAUUACUGGAGGAGGUUGAUUAUGGUCAGAGAGGGAUCAAUACUCUCCUUUCACUCGAGGAGACUUAUGCUGAUAUUAAUCCAGUUCGAAUCUCCAAGAACUCAGUUACUGCAUUUGUCUCAGUGAUGAGGGGUUGCAACAAUAUGUGUUCGUUUUGUAUUGUACCUUUUACUAGAGGCAGAGAGCGAUCACGCCCUGUGGAGUCAAUUGUGAGAGAGGUAGCAGAGCUUUGGAAAGAGGGUGUUAAGGAAGUAAUGCUUCUUGGCCAGAAUGUGAACAGCUACAAUGAUGCAUCUGGAAUUGAGAGAGAGGUUGAAUCAGGGUCCAAUUGGAAACUUAGUGAAGGAUUUUCCAGCAUGGCUAAGGUCAAGAAUAUGGGUUUAAGGUUCUCUGAUCUACUGGAUCGAUUGUCCUCAGAAUUUCCUGAGAUGCGAUUCAGAUUCACGUCUCCACACCCUAAAGAUUUUCCUGAUGAUUUGCUUUAUCUAAUGCGAGAAAGACAUAAUAUAUGCAAAUUGAUACAUUUACCUGCUCAAACUGGAAGUAGCACAGUGCUUGAGAGAAUGAGAAGAGGAUAUACACGAGAGGCUUACUUGGAUCUUGUGCAAAAAAUUCGGAGUAUUAUUCCAGAUGUGGCUUUGAGCAGUGAUUUCAUUUGUGGAUUUUGUGGAGAAACAGAGGAGGAGCAUUCUGAGACGUUGACUCUAAUAAAAGCUGUUGGUUAUGAUAUGGCAUUCUUGUUUGCUUAUAGCAUGAGGGAGAAAACUCAUGCCCACAGAAAUUAUGUUGAUGAUGUUCCGGAGGAAAUAAAGCAGAGAAGGCUAGCUGAACUUAUUGAGACUUUCCGUGAGAGCACAGGACAGUGUUUUGACUCUCAGAUUGGAACUACACAGCUUGUAUUAGUCGAAGGACCCAAUAAAAGAGCUCCAGAUACUGAGCUUAUGGGCAAGAGCGACAAGGGCCAUCGAGUGUUGUUUGUCAAUAUGCCAAUCCCAGACAGGGAAGACAUUAAUACAAAGCGAAAUCCUGUGGUUGGUGAUUAUGUUGAAGUCCACAUAACAAGAUCUACGAGGGCGUCACUCUUUGGUGAAGCACUUGCUAUAACUAAACUGACUUCGUUUGACAAUAAUCUGGAUAAAGAAGCUGCUGCAUGCAGCAUGUAAUCUUGUAGCAUCCAUUGGUUGUCAUGGCAAUUUUUGGAUAUAGUUAUUCAUAAAUCGCUGUUUCCCUUGUUUGGCUGACUGCACAACAUGGCAACACAUUUUAUGGGAGAAGCCACUGCAAGGGAGUGAGAUUUUGCAUUUACCAGGGACUUGUCAGCGAGAUCAAGAUUGUGUAUUCUUUGUUAAUCCUCUCUUCACAUUAAAAGGGUUCGAGUCUGCAUUAUGAUACACUAUGGAUUACUGAGAAUCCCAUUGGCAACCUGCAAUGCAACAUGAAAAUCAAAUAGCCGCAGAAAGGAUUGUUCUGUUCUGAUUUUUUACCGUUUAAUAACGGUUAAGUGUGUUUUGAUGAGGUAGAAUGUGGCUUUUGGCUCAUCACAUUUCCAGUUUAAAUAGAACAUCACAGGUCUUACGAGUCUAUUGUCAUCAUUCAUCAAAAUUAUCCUUGUUAGUAGUAUUUUUCUUUGCUCUCUG